GAAUUCAGAUGGCUUUGGUAUCUUAACCAACUCACCGGAAACCCCAAUAUAUUUACAGACGCCAUUCUUCCCUCUAUAUAAAUCCAUGGAUAAACCCUCCUCCACAGUACGCGUACACACCCUCUCCUCCUUCCUGUGAUCAUCAAAUCGCCACUCAAGAUCACCCGCCAUUCAAGAUCACCACUUCCGAGUUCAAUCGCUUGAUCUCAGAUGGAUGCUCAGAACCCUGGCCAUGGACACGCUGUUGACAUAUCUGCGGAUGUGUCAUCUGAAGAGAACAGGCAUGCCGGAAAUAAAGUUUGUGGGGGAGCGCCAUGUGGGUUCUCAGAUGCCAAAACUAGUUCUCGGGAGGCAAGAGAGCGAUCAGCUUCCAUGUGGAAGCUCUGGGGUGGGGUUAUACUGUGCUUCAUUUUUAUGGGUGUAGAAGUAGUGGGUGGAAUUAAAGCGAACAGUCUUGCAAUAUUGACGGAUGCAGCUCAUUUGUUAUCAGAUGUUGCUGCUUUUGCUAUUUCAUUGUUUUCAGUAUGGGCUUCAGGAUGGGAAGCUACACCUCGCCAGUCUUACGGGUUUUUCAGGAUUGAGAUACUUGGAACACUGGUAUCCAUUCAGAUCAUAUGGCUACUUACUGGUAUUCUUGUAUAUGAAGCAAUAGAAAGGCUCCUCCAUGGUACAGUUGAAGUUGAAGGCAGUCUUAUGUUUGGAAUUUCUGCUUUUGGCUUAGUUGUUAACAUACUCAUGAUAUUCAUACUAGGUCAUGACCAUGGCCAUGGCCAUGGCCAUGGUCAUGGUCAUGGUCAUGGUCAUGGUCAUGGCCACAGUCAUGACCAUAAACAUAGUCACAGUCAUGAUCAUGGACAUCAAGAGCAUGAUCAUGGUGAUAGCCAAGAGGAUGUUGAAGAUGUGCAUAUCCAUGGAGUUAGUGUCACAACACACCAACACCACCAUCAUGAUCAUGGUCAUGGUCAUAGCGAUGAUCACCAUCAUGGUCAUGAAGAACAACAACAAMAUCAGCAGCCGCUAUUAAAGACAUACUCUGCAGCAGGUGAAGCCAAAGAGAAGAAGAGGAAUAUAAACGUUCAAGGUGCUUAUCUUCAUGUUUUGGGGGAUUCAAUUCAGAGUAUCGGGGUAAUGAUCGGGGCGGCAGUCAUUUGGUACAACCCUAAAUUGAAAAUCAUCGAUCCCAUAUGCACAUUGCUCUUCUCCAUUAUAGUGUUGUAUACAACCAUCAACAUGCUGCGUGACAUAUUGGAGGUUCUGAUGGAAAGCACACCAAGAGAGAUAGAUGCAACGAGUCUAGAAAGGGGUCUUUGUGAGAUAGAUGAGGUGGUUGCCAUUCAUGAGUUGCAUAUAUGGGCUAUUACCGUUGGGAAAGUACUGUUAGCUUGCCAUGUGAGAAUCAGACGCGAAGCUGAUGCUGAUAUGGUGCUGGAUAAGGUGGUGGAUUACAUUAAGAGGGAGUAUAACAUCAGCCAUGUUACAAUUCAGAUAGAGAGAGAGUAAAUCAGUGUUGAUUCUUUUUCUUUUAGGAGAGUUCUAUGUGGUUGUGGCUGGCAAGUUCUUUUGGACAUGAUUCUUUUUAGUGUUUGUAGUUCUUGCUGGCUCCCUGUGCAGCAAUUCUGGUUUGGAUUCACUGGAAGCUAUAAUACAUCUGAUAUGGCUUGUAUCUU